AGUCUUUUCCCGUGAGUCACUCAGGCCCCUCCCACCGUCUCUCAAACACUCUCUCUACCUUGAGCCGCUCUUCAGAUCCCACAGAAGAGCAGAAGUGGAUCCACAGGAAGACUCUCGGUUCCCUCCACUGAUCAUGAGAGUCCUGAGCGCUUUUUUCCUCAUGUGUGCGUUCACUGCGUCUGUGACCGGAGAUUCAAACAUCACAGCUGCGGCAGAGACUCUCAGCUCUACUCCAGUGAAGACGCUGCUGAAGUCCAGCUUUCAUCUGUAUCACAAGGGGAAGGUGUUUGAGGAGACCUGCGCCCUGGUCCCGUUCAGGUCCGAAAGCCUCCUCAGAUGCGGCUACAACCACAGCCAUCCUCUGGUGCUGAUCAUUCACGGAUGGACGAUGAACGGACUCAUGGAGCAGUGGAUCUUCAAUCUGGCUUCUGCGCUGAAGGUCCGUCUUGGGCAGGUCAACGUGCUCAUCAGCGAUUGGAGGAAUCUGGCCCUUCAGCCGUAUCCAAUCGCAGCCAAGAACAGCAGACAGGUGGGGCAGGACGUGGCUGCACUGCUCAAAUGGCUGGAGGAAGCUGCUCAGCUCUCCAUGGAUGAAGUCCAUCUGAUUGGCUACAGUCUGGGAGCGCAUGUGGCUGGAUUUGCAGGAAGCCAUUUCAGAGGACGGAGGAAAGUGGGCCGCAUUACUGGACUGGAUCCGGCCGGGCCGCACUUCGAAGGUCUGCCGGCGUUUGACAGACUGUCUCCAGACGACGCUCAGUUUGUGGACGCCAUCCACACCUUCACCAAGUCCAGCAUCAUGCCGGGAGUGGGAAUAAAGCAGAGCGUCGCUCACGUGGACUUCUACCCCAACGGAGGCUCCUUUCAGCCCGGCUGCAAGAUGCUCGACAUUUACAGUAACGUCUAUCAGUACGGCCUGCAAGGUGUUCCCAAGACCAUUAAAUGUGCCCACGAGCGCGCAGUCAAACUCUUCACCAACUCCCUGAUCAACACCAGCCAGCCCAUAAUAGGCUACCGUUGCCGUGACGACAGCACCUUCAACAAAGGCCAGUGUCUUGACUGCAAACAGAUGCGCUGCAACACGCUGGGCUACGAUGUGCGGCAUGAGCGUGCGGGGAGGAAAGCUAAAGGCCUGUACUUCAAAACCGGCCCAGAAGCUCCCUAUAAAGUGUUUCACUACCAGAUCAGAGUCCUGCUGAUGAACCUGAUGGAGCCGGUCGAGGCCUCGCUGUCCGUCUCGCUCAACGGGACCCGAGGAGAGAUCCGAGACGUUCCCGUCACACUGUAUCAGGACAGCAGCAGCCAGAAGGCCUUCACCUCAUUGGCUGCGGUGGCCGCUGAUCUGGGUCACCUGAUCUCCAUCAGGCUGGUCUGGAAGGGCGAGCUGGUCUGGUCCAGCUGGCUGAGGCGUGUCCGGAACAUCAUGAGCUGGAACGGAUCCGAUCAGGACGUGGAACUCAGUGUGUGGAGGAUCCGGAUCAAAUCAGGAGAGAGUAAGGAAAAGACGUGGUUCUGUGGCGUUUCCGCUGAAGUCACGCGUCUGAAGGCCUCAGAGGAACAGGAGUUCAGACGCUGCGCUCGGAGGACGGAGACACAGACAUGAAGACACACAGCAGCCAUUCAACCCAGUCUUUUUAUUAAUGCAUUUCAAGUACUCCAAAAAAAUUACAUCUCUUUGCACAAUACGUUUUGAAAUGUUACGUAAAAAUGUUCAAAGUGAACAAAAAUUUAGGUACUGUAUAAAACACAGUGAACAUUAACAGACAGCAGUAUUAAUCUUUUUUUGUUCAUUCGUUUCUCAAUUUUAGUGUUCGGCCUAUUUUCACCUACGACAUUUGGACUCGAUUAAGACUUUUUUCAGUGCACUUUUCCUCUAUGAAAUUUCACCAAGACUACGUAAAAAUUAAAAGAAGUCAAAUACAGGCAAAUAUUCAGAUCUCCUCCAGUCCAGACCGCCGCAAAACCACCAGAGCGCCGCCUGGUUUCUUCAUGGCAGACGGCAGUACGGAAAAGAAGAACCGGAUGUGGCUCGGCGGCCGGCCUGGACUCGAACAAAAUAAAAGUAUCAAAAUGUACCUUCAAAUAUAACAGAAAUUCUCCAGUUACUGUACAUAGUUUACACCUGCUGAGAUGGUCCUGCUCUCUGUCAGAGAGGAUGAAGGGAAGCGUGAUGUUCCCUCGGCGAGUGGCCCUUCACACACCUGAGUCUGCCGCCCAUCUGCAGGAGGAUGAGGAGGAUGAAGGACUGUAAACUAAACCUUGUGUUAAUAGUACCGUGAGAAUCCUCUACAGGAAACUGCAGCUACACUUUAAAACACAUUAGCAGAGAACAAUCGUAACCGUCCUGCUCUCAAAUAUAACAGCUGGGGUUCAAACCAUGGUUUCAGCUCUUCACAGCAAACGCUGGAUCUGAACAUCCCAGAAACACUUUCAGUUACUUCAGUCAUCUGAAACAUGUGGAAGCUUGUUUCCGCCGUUGACUAAAAUGAUUUAAAAAAAAAAAAAAAAAAAGGUUAAUUACUACUUUUUCCUUGGAAAGUAGGACUUCAUAAC